AUGUCCUGUUAUCUUCUGUUCCAGUCCUUGGUCAACAGUCCUAAUUCAAAAGCAAAGCUACCUACCUACCUUGCAGAGCUUAAGAAAAAGACAGAAGAAGAGCAAAGCAAUAUAAGCAGAUCUCCUGCAAACCUAGAUGCAAUCAUUACCAUCCUGGAUAUGGUCUCCUCUAUCCCAGCAAAUGCAGAGGAGCUCACUAUUCAAAAUUUCCUCUCCACAGUGGACUUAAUUGUUGCUGAUUCCACAAAUAAAGUGUGGGAAGACCUGCAUAAACAGAAGACAAACAGAAGUUCUUUGCUACUGCAGUCAGUAGAAAAAUUUUCCCUGCACCUCCAACCAGUUAAUAAUAUCAUUCCUUCUGUCUUUGCAAACACCCUUCAGCUACAAGGUAUAGUUGUCACAGAAAAUAACACAGAUUAUAAUAAGAACUUCAUCAGUACAGAAAACCUCACAGCUAAUGUGUUUAUUGGUGAAACUGUAAUUCAGACUCUAACCCAAAAUUCAACCAUUGUCAGUGUGAUGUCCUCAAAAUUUGGACAUAUUUUGCCCCAGAGUGAGUCCGAGUAUGUGAAUGGCUUAGUGAUAGCAACUGUGAGCAGCAACAGAAACCAGAAGUUCAAUAUUAGCAUGACCUUUGCAAAGAAAAACUCAUCUCUAAAAACGCCCCAGUGUGUCUUUUGGAACUUCGCGCUCAACAACGAUAGAGGGGGCUGGGAUACUCAUGGUUGCAUACCCACAGAAGCAGAAGAUUAUGUCAAUUGCUCCUGCAAUCACUUGACAUCAUUCUCCAUUCUGAUGGCACCUGGUAAAUACUCCCAGGUAAUCUUUGAAGAUUAUAUUACCUACAUUGGCCUGGCCACUUCAAUCUUGAGUUUGGCGGCCUGCAUUAUAAUUGAAUCCUUAGUCUGGAAAUAUGUGACAAACACCACAACCUCCUAUAUGCGCCAUGUCUGUAUGCUCAACAUAGCUACAUCACUCCUGAUUGCUGACAUUUGGUUCAUUGUCACUGCCUCUAUCAAUGACCAAAACCAACAGAUGAACAGAGGUAUCUGUUUUAUGGCCACCUUCUUCAUCCAUUUAUUCUACCUAUGUGUCUUCUUCUGGAUGCUCAGCCUCGGACUCAUUCUUUUGUACAGACUGGUCUUCAUCUUACAUGACACAAGCAAGACCACUCAGAAAACAGUGGCAUUCUGUCUGGGAUAUGGGUGCCCCUUUGUCAUUGCAGUCAUCACCAUUGCUGUCACACUGCCAAGGAACAGUUACACCAGAAAGGAUGUCUGCUGGCUCAACUGGGAGGACAGCAAAGCUCUCUUGGCCUUCAUCGUACCUGCCCUGAUCAUUGUGGCUAUGAAUUUGUUCAUCACUGCAGUCGUUAUAAUAAAAAUACUGAGGCCAACUAUUGGGGAUAGGUCAAAAAAGCAGGAGAGGAACUCUUUGUUUCAAAUUGGCAAAAGUGUGGCCAUCUUGACACCACUGUUAGGCCUCACCUGGGGAUUUGGCCUUGCCACUAUCUUCAAAAACAGCCAUCAAGCUUUCCACAUUCUCUUUACUCUGCUCAAUGCUUUGCAGGGAUUAUUCAUUUUGGUGUUUGGGACUCUCUGGGACAAGAAGAUACAAGAAGCCCUGCUGAAGAGGAAUUCAAUGUCCAAAUGGAGUUCACAGCAAACAAAGUCAUCCUCCCUGAUCCUGGUGACGCCAAUGCUUGCUAUGACCUAUCCAUUUUCAAGACCCUUUAACAACUUACGUGGGAAAGCAGGAAAAUACAGAGUGUCUUCUUCAGAGCCAUCCAGCUCUUUCUCUGAAAACACUUCCAAGUCAUAUUCUUUGCUUAACUGA